ACGCCCUUAAACUCGCCCCAUCCUUCGUUCCCUCACUGACUCGUUCUCUGUGCCUCUUUGAGAAGAAGGAUGUGGGGUGGUUUGUGCGUGUGGCAUUUGGGGCUUCUGUUUUUGGGGUUAGGAUGGGUGCAUGGACAAAGCCAGACCAACUUCACAAGGCCCAUAUUCCUGUGUGGUGGUCAUUUGACGACAGACUCAGGGUUUGUGGCUAGUGAGGGUUUUCCCUCUCAUUAUAAACCAAACUCCAAAUGCACCUGGUACAUCACAGUUCCAGAAGGUAAUGUUGUGAUGCUCCAGUUCAGGAUCUUUGAUCUAGAGGCAGAUCCCACCUGCCGUUAUGACUACGUGGAUGUCUAUAAUGGACACUCGUACACAGUCCAGAAACUGGGCAGGUUCUGUGGGACGUUCCGACCCGGAGCCCUCAUCUCCACCUCUAACACCAUGAUGCUGGAGAUGGGGUCUGACAGCAGCACAGGAGGAAGAGGAUUUCUGGCUUACUUCAGUGGGGGGAAACCACAUGUUGAUGAGAAUCAGUUCUGUGGUGGCAGACUGACGAAGCCUCAGGGUUCAGUGAAGACACCGAACUGGCCAGAAUCUGAUUACCCAGCAGGCAUCAGCUGCUCUUGGCACAUAUCUGUGGAGCCCAACAUGGUGAUUGAGGUUAAGUUUGAGAAGCUGGACUUGGAAUUAGACACAUACUGCCGUUAUGACUACGUGGCCUUGUUCAAUGGGGGUGAGACGGACGACUCUCGGCGUAUUGGCAAAUUCUGCGGAGACAUGGUUCCAGAUCCGGUUGUGACCAAUGCAAACGAGCUGCUGGUGCACUUUGUAUCAGAUCUAAGUGUGACAGCUGCAGGCUUUGUGGCUCAUUACCAAAGUGUCCCACGCGGCUCCCGCACAGCCACUGCUACCCUGGACACAGUACAUGGACCAAGAGUAGAUGCUUCAGCUGCUAAACCCACGACUCCACCAGCAAGAACUAAGCCUAAAAUUAAGCCUACACCAAAAGCUCCCUCAAGACCAUCUAAACCUGUACCACCCAGACCAACUCCUAAGCCGAGAGCAAAACCUGCACCCAAGCCCAAACCAGUUAGACCUACUCCCCCAACAAGACCUCGUGCAAGAAUCACACCAAAACCUGCUGUAAGAGUGCCAGCAAAACCUACAAAGAAGCCUACACCUAAACCCACACCAAAACCAACCAGUACUACAGCAAAGCCAAAAGUAAAGCCUGGUGUCAAACCAACAACAAAACCAAAGACUAGUCCCACCUCAAAACCUGGGAACAAAACAACAACAACAACAGCAGCCUCAGUGAGCAACCCGCUGUGUUCCCUAUCAUGCAAGAGAAUAGGCACUCUCAUGACCCGCUUCUGCCCCAGUCAUUUUGUAUUGACCGGUAAAGUGACAUCACUGACCCCUCAAUCUCAAGGAAGUGCUGAAGUUGAGGUGUCCAUCAUUAAGGUCUAUAAGGCAGGUAAACUUCAGUUCAAAAAGAGAGGACCCACCAGAUCUACCACACUGAGAGCAACGUGCAUGAAGUGUCCAUCACUGCUUAAAGGAUCGAACUAUGUGCUGAUGGGCCAGGUGAAUGACGAAGGCCUUGGCAUUCUGAACCCAUCCAGCUUUGCCCUACAGCAUAAGUCAGUGCACGACAAAGCACUGGCCAACCUCGCAAAGAAAACAUGUUGACCUCACAACCACCCUGACCAGUCACAAUGAAGGAAUCGAGCCGAAUCCCACCCACUCUGGUCUACUUUAAUCAUAACCUCGUCAGGCAGGGAAAGGUCAAGUCACAUAAACUAAAUCCUUAAUUAUUAAUAGCAACAAUAUGAACAGUUUAAGUGAAUAUUCUAAUACUAAGAGAAUUCUAAUACUAACAGAAUAUUCUUAAAUCUGUGGUAUGUUAUGCAUCACACCAGAACCUUUAUCUGUCAUAUUCAGGGUAUAAAGUACAGGGUGAUAUGCCAUUUUAUGUUUAUUGUGUUCGUAUUAUUAGGUUAUAUUAGGUCUGUUUAAUGUAUUAUGCAAACAUUUUGAUAUGGCACAAUGUAUUCAUUAUAAAUUAUAAAACUCCUUAUGAAAGAAGUCUCUUAUGUUCACCAAGGCGGCAUUUAUUUGAUCCAAACACACAGUAAGAGUGAAAAAAUAACUGUUUUCUGUUUUAAUAUGUUUAUUGCAAUUUAUUCCUGUGAUGGCAAAGCUAUACUUCAGUCUUUACCAUCAUAUAAUCCUUCAGAAAUCAUUCUAAUAUGCUGAUUUGGUCCUCAGGAAACUUCUUAUUAAAGGCAAAGUACACUUCCAGAAUGAAAAUUUCCUGAUGAUUUACUCACCCCCUGUGUCAUCCGAGACGUUCAUGUCUUUCUUUCCCCAGUCGCAUUAUAUUAAGCUUUUUGAGAAAAAACAUUCCAAGACUUUUCUCUAUAUAUUAGACUUCAAUGGUGGCCAACACGUUGAUGGUCCAAAUUGCAAACUGUCAUUUUCUUAAAAAAAAAGAAAAAAAAGUAUAUACUUUUUAACCACAAAUGCUCAUCUUGCACUAGUUCUGUGAUGUGAAUGCGUGUCUUCACGCAUUGCAUAAGCAUUAGGAAAAGGUUUUUUUUAGUUCUUUGUCUGGCAAAAAACGGCAUCUUAUUUUCUCCUCCAACUGCAAAAUCAUCUGACAACGUUGUUUUACCUUUAUUGGUAAGGGCGUUUGACUUUCUUUGCACAUUUGCUUUGUAAACGGGUCAUUCCACAAAUUCAGUGCCUUUUGCGUCCGUAAGAAAUAAUCAAACAUUGAUUUAAUAUAACACCAAAUAAAUGUGCUAUGUAUGCUUUCAUCAAUAUUACAUCAAAAAAGUCAAUUAAAUAAAUUUUAAUUUAAAUCAUUUAAAUAGCAUUUAUGCUGGUAAGGUUGCUGGUCAUUGUUAAGCAAUGUUUUUGGCAUAAGUAUGCAUUUUUUUAAUAUAAAGUAUAAAUCAUUUUAUUGGUGUCCCCUGAUUUCAUAUCAGCCCAGUUACCCUCAUCAAAAAGCCUUUGUAAAAUAAUGUACAUUCCAGUGACAUCAUUUCUAGGAGGAUACAUCAUCAGGAUCAUCAGGAUUCCAACACUUAAUCACACUAUUACCGUCAUGUAGGACUUUUCGCCGCAUUUUGCGACAGGAUACACACAGUAGUGAUCAACUGUUUGACGGCAACGCCAUCAUCUGUUUACACAGAUAGCAUGACAAACAAUUAACUUGAAGCUUUAAUUAAAAAGGAAACACCCAAAACUGUAUAUAACACCAUAACGAAUACGAAUUACAGUAUAUGUUGAUAUGUGAAAUUCUAGCCGGAAUGUCAGAUGGCGUCACAUGGGGAUGUGGGGACAUAAUGACGUGUCGGUCUAUGUACUACAACAUGUAAAACGGGAACAUGAAAGGAAUAUUCUAAAAUCAAAUCACGUAACACCUUAAAGGAGAAGUACACUUCCAGAACAACAAUUUACAGAUAAUGUACUCAUCCCCUUGUCAUCCACAAUGUUCAUGUCUUUCUUUCUUCAGUCCUAAAGAAAUUAUGUUUAUUGAGGAAAACAUUUCAGCAUUUUUCCCCAUAUAAUGGACUGAUAUGGUGCCCCAAUUUUGAACUUCCAAAAUGCAGUUUAAAUGCAGCUUCAAACGAUCCCAAAUACGAUUGUAAACGAUCCCAGCUGAGGAAGAAGGGUCUUAUCUAGCGAAAUGAUCGGUUAUUUACAUUAAAAUAAUACAAUUUAAAUACUUUUUAUUCUCAAACGCUCGUCUUGCCUUGAUCUCCCUGAACUUUGUGUAUUCUGGCUCAAGACAGUUAGGGUAAGUCGAAAAACUCUGACCGUAUUUUCCCCCUCAACUUCAAAUAUCAUUUCAAAAUCAUCCUACAUUAUUGCAGAAGCUCCGACCCAGUCUUUGCAAAGUGAACAUGCAAAAAAGAUCAAACACCCUUAACAAAAAAGGUAAAACAGCGAUAUAGGGUGAUUUUGAAGUUGAGGGAGAACAUGAGAUGGGAGUUUUUCUGUCAUGAACAGGAACAAAAACAGUCCAGGCAGAGUAAGACAAGACAAACGUUUGGCAUUAAAAAGUAUAUAAAUUGUGCUAUUUUUUAAAAAAAAAAAAAAAACUAUUGUUAUGCUAGAUAAGACCCUUCUUCCUCGGCUGGGAUUGAUCCAUUAUAUGGAGUGACUGAAGAAAGCAAGACAUGAACAUCGUGGAUGACAAGGGAGUGAGUAAAUUAUUUGUAAAUUGUUCUGGAAGUGGACUUCUCCUUUAAUCAUAAUAUUGUCUUAUUCAGAACAAGAUAAAUAACUAGACUACUGAUGUCCAUGUAAACGUAGUCAAUUCAGUGCCAUAUGAGUUCUGAUUAAAUAUAGCAUCUAGUAACACUUGUGUCUGUAACAGGGUUGACAAAAAUACCAAAACAUUAGGUAGAAAAAUAAUAAAUUACAUAGCGUGAGAAGGCACAAUACAAUUGCUUGUCAUUUUAAGGUAUCUUUAUUUCAUGGAUAUUUCAAAAAAUGUUAAUUAAACAUUUUUUCAAUUUUUCCAAGUGGAAAAGGCACAGAUUUCACGGAAUGACCUAAACACUUGGUCAAAACUUUCGCCUACA